GCGCGCUACUUCAGUCCGGCACUAACAGUCGAAACAGAUUCGUAUCCUGAUCUCGAAGGAAGGCUGCAACCUCCCUUUAAGAGUCUUCCUUCUCGUCAGUCGUCUCUUCAAAAGAGACCGUCGAGGAAGAAAAGCGUCAACAAGAGAGGGGAAACGAGAAGCCUUCGACUAGCAUUUCGGCAAGCGUGUCUGUUUUCCGACUGACUGAAAAAGCCGGGCCGAAAGUGGCAGACAGAUUGUAGGACAACAGUGUGUUUUUUUGUGGUUAUGUGUUAGUGAGAACCGGCGGAAGAGCAAGGCGAGCUUGGCACAGAAACAUCAGUCUAGUCGCUAUGACUAACAGCAUGAAGCAAACAGUUAUCAAAAACCCGACAUGGUGGAAGAGGCGGUCCGGUUUGGAACGCGGAUUAACGGUGAUAGCGGUUUCCGGGUUCCUCUUAUGUGUCGCUUUAGCGGUGGCACUCGGAAUUUUGGCGGCCAACACGACAUGCAACACUAAGUCUACGGCUGAACCCGUUAAUGCAGAGAUGCUACCAUCCACAGCCGAGGCGUUAAGCGGCUCGAAUAUGCCAAAGAGCAUUCAUACCGUGGAGAAAAACUCGGAAUGCAACGACAUCUGCAUGACAUCGGGAUGCGUUUCUACAGCUUCGCAGAUACUGAAAAACAUGAACUCCGAUGUGGAGCCUUGCGAUGACUUUUACAAAUUCGCCUGCGGCGGCUUCCUCGACAACACCAUCAUUCCCGACGACAAAACCAGCGUCAAUACAUUCUCUAUCAUUGUCGACGUUCUCGAGGAACAACUGCGAUCCAGCAUCGAGCAGGAAAGUCUUCCAAACGAGCCGAGGCCGUUUAAGCUCGCCAAAGACUUCUACAAGGCUUGCAUGAAUAAAACCGCUAUCGAGAAGCGAGGCUUCCAACCGUUGCUUGACAAUCUGAGAAAACUCGGUGGCUGGCCGGUUCUGGAUGGAGAACGAUGGAACGACGGCGACUUCACUUGGAAGGAUUUCGUCUAUAGAUUCCGCAAACUGGGCUACUCCGUGGACUAUUUCAUCGACUUUGGCGUUAGCGUCGAUUUGAAGAACAAUUCGCGACGUUUAAUUGACUUGGACCAAGCAGCUCUCGGUCUCUCACGCGAAUAUCUGACGAAGGGCCUGGACGAGAAAAUCGUUCAGGAGUAUUACAAGUACAUGGUGGACAUCGCUGUGAUCCUCGGCGCCGACUCAGAACGGGCCAAGACAGAAUUGAAGGAGUCGCUCGAAUUUGAAAUCAAGCUUGCAAAUAUCUCAUUGCCCAACGAGAAACGGCGGAACGUGACCCUUCUGUACAAUCCUAUGACCGUGGACGAACUAUCCCAAGCUUACCCCAGCAUACCAUGGAGGGAAUACUUCAACACCAUUCUCGCACCGCAAGCGCGCAUAAAUCGGGACGAGGUGAUUAUCGUGAACGUACCCAGCUAUUUGAAAAACUUUGAGGAUCUGAUCCAGCAUACACCGAAGAGAGUGCAAGCGAAUUACGCGUUUUGGAGGGCGGCCGCCGCGUCGGUCAGCUAUCUUACAGACGACAUCCGUAAGAGACAACUGAUGUACACGAUACAUUUGAACGGUAAAACAGAGAGAGAACCGAGGUGGAAGGAAUGCGUCGAUAUCGUAUCUGGUAGUAUGGCAAUCAGCGUCGGCUCGAUGUACGUGAGGAAGUACUUCAAGGAGGACGCGAAGAAGACCGCGCUCGAGAUGGUCGGCGAUAUCAGGGAGGAGUUCACGAAGAUCCUGAAGAAGGUGGAAUGGAUGGAUGAGAAAACGAGACUGAACGCGUUGGACAAAGCAGCCGGUAUGGUGUCACAUAUUGCUUAUCCAGAUGAGCUACUGGAUGACAAGAAGCUGGACGAGUUCUACUCACGACUGGAAUUGAAUCCCGACGAUUAUUUAGGAAGCAUUUUGAACCUGACGAUCUUUGGAACAGACUUCUCCUUUGGCAGGCUAAGAAAACCGGUGAACAAAACUGAAUGGAUAACUCACGGAAGGCCGGCUAUUGUAAACGCUUUCUACUCGUCGAUUGAGAAUAGUAUUCAAUUCCCCGCGGGUAUUUUGCAAGGUGCAUUCUUCAGCAACGAUCGACCACGCUACAUGAACUACGGUGCUAUCGGUUUUGUCAUUGGCCACGAGAUUACUCAUGGUUUCGAUGAUCAAGGCAGGCAAUUCAACAAGGAAGGUAAUCUCGUCGACUGGUGGGAGUUAGAGACGAAGGAGCAGUAUCUCAAGAGGGCCGAGUGUAUAAUUUAUCAGUAUGGAAAUUUCACCGUGAAAGACGUCGGAAUGAACUUGAACGGGAUAAACACCCAAGGCGAGAAUAUUGCCGAUAAUGGCGGCAUAAAGGAAGCCUAUCUCGCGUACAAGGAAUGGGUCAAGCGAAACGGACAGGAACAAAAACUGCCGGGUCUGCCCUACAGCCCAGAACAAAUGUUCUGGAUAAGUGCCGCCAACACGUGGUGCAGCAAAUAUCGGCCGGAAGCGAUGAAGCUGCGCAUCACAACCGGAUUCCACAGCCCCAGCGAGUUCCGCGUUCUGGGACCGUUGUCGAACAUGGAGGCGUUUGCGCGAGACUUCAACUGUCCACUCGGCUCUAAAAUGAAUCCCGCGAAAAAGUGUGCCGUAUGGUAGAUCUGAGACAAAUCCGACAUCGACUGACUCCGUUAUAUACUUUCCCCGGAUUGUCCUAAAUCCUAGAAGUCGCGAUUUCGCGUCUCUUAUUUCGUUGAGACUCAAUUUCGUCAAUAUCCUUCCGUAUAAUAUCUUACAAGAGUAAGAUUAAAAUUAUACACGAAUGCACGAUGUUAUCUUUCUCUUGCUUUCACAACUGUAAGGUAACUUCUGUUAUUGCAAUUCUCAGAUAUUUUUGUUGUAUCGUUAAACUUAACAUAUCUCAACAUAAGAUUAAAUUAUUUUUUUUUUCUAUAAGAUUCUAUGUUGCAUUUCGGAAUAUUUAGACUUCUAGGAUUAACGAAUGAAAAAGGAGUCAUUAAUUACACUCUUGCAGAAUUGGGGAUAAUUCACUUGUAAUUCCAUUAUAUGGUAUCCUGCUGGACGUAUUAUCGUAGCAGAGAGUAUUUUAUCAGUGACGCUACUUAGGAGUGAAACCUGACGAAUGGAUUUUGCAAUAGCACAUGAGGUGCGAAAAAUCUAAGAGAAAAUUCUUUGUACGAGGGAAUCCGUGAAGAUCGAUUCGAACUGUGCUCUUAGGCGUGCGGCAUACACACUGUAUAUUAUAUAUACAGAGUGCCUCCCCUUUUACCGCAUUAUUUUUUAAUGACAAUUUCUUGAACUAAUUUGAAACUGGACUUUCCUUAGCGAAAACGUCAAAGAACCGAUAAUUUUCAAGUUAUAAACGAUGAAAGAAUGAAAGGUUUCUACAUGCUUUAGUUAAUUAGAGUUUGUGUAUGUUUUUUAAUAAUUUUAAAUUUUAAUUAUUUAAUUUUUUAUUUUAAUUAUAGUUUAAAAUUUUAAUGAAACCCUAUUUUUUAAUAAAAUUAGGGGAACUUUAUUACAAAGAUAUAUACGAAAUAUAACAAAUUAAAUGACUACAAAAAACUAUCACCGUCAUUUAUGUCGACAUAUCGAUAUUUUCGCUAAAAAUAAAUCUUCAAAUUAUUGAAGCAAUCUGCUAUUAUAAGAUAAUGUGGUAGAAGCGAGACACUUGUAUAUAUCGUUUUUGGUAAAGAACUUUUAUAAGAAGAAAUCUGUGUCACACGGUGCGCGUAUGUAAAUAGAAAGAAAAUGAAAUAUAACAACAUAUUCGAAAGUUAAUUAGUUCUACUCGUAUGAAGUUUACUUCGUGUUAAAGAUCGUUUAACUGUCUUUGAUGUAUAAGGCAUAUGAUAAUUCCUAUGCAAAUGUCGAUCUGAAAUUUCAGAUUACUCCAUAAGAGUAAAUUGUAGCAUUACGCUAAAUUGUCUCACACGCUUGAUCUAGUUUUUAAUUAAGUAACUACUUGAUUGACGCAUUACGAAAAAGAAAAUAUCGAUAGCUUUACCGAGAACCCGCUUUUCACUUCUUCUUUUUUUAUUGUUGACGGCUUUUGUUAAGACCCGCUUCUUAGAAUAAUUCUUAAAGUAUUCUGUUGAGAUACGAAAAUGAAUAAAUGAUAUUAUACAUAAAGUGUCUCAUAAAAUUGGGAAUCAAUAGUACUUAUAUUUUUCGAGAAAUUUGUUAGUACAUUUUUCCUUAAUUUCUAAUGGAAACUGUUGCCUGUUCCGGCUACUUUACAUGUAGUAUUAUAUAGUAGUAUUAUUGAACGGCAACUAUAAAUCGUAGAUUUUGUAAAUUUCCAUUAAGAUAAAAUCUAUUUCUUAAUUGAAAUAAAACAAAUGUUCUAUUCCUCGAAACUUAAUUCAUUGAGGCUUUUUGUUGCAAUGUUAAACAGCAUUAAAUAUUUCCCUAAUGAAGUUUUUGUUUGACUUGCACAAAUAGAUAUUUCUGUUAUCGAUCCCCUAUUUUCCACGAGCCACACUUUGUAUAAUAUAUUACACAAACAUUUUUGUGUAUGUAUAAUUGACAUGUUAUCGUCGUUGUAUUCGUGAGCUCUAUGUGUGAGCUCUGACGAUUUAAUGCGAUUUUGCCACUCGUCGUUUAUAUCGAGUAUUCUCGGACGAGGUUAUUAGUUGUAAAGUUAACAUCUUGAAGUACUUAGGGCAACUUAUCACUAGUAUUAACCGUAGAUAUUAAACUGCGAGCGAUCGAAGAUGUUUCUGCGCAGUUGCACUUUUCAGCAUAUUAUUCUUUGCGUCCGUGACAUACAUGUCGCAACAUAGUAAUUUUAUUUACAUUAGGUUUUAUCUUAGACGCAUUUCGCAAUUUCCUAUAUUUAUUACGAUGACCGUUCAGUCAUCAGAUAUCGUAAGUUUAGACAAAGAGAUAUGUAAGAGACAUAAGUAUCUUAUAAGGUAUUUGUUGAAUGUACAAGUUUAAUACAAAAAAAAUCUUAUCUAAAUAACAAA